AUGGAUGAAGAGCUACAGCUAAAGAACUGGACAGAACUCCAUAAUCACAUCAAGUCAGUAUUGGAUCGGUUAGAUGAAUCUAGGAUCAAUGAAAGUUUCCAGGAACUCCUUGAGGUGAAUGUCAUACGGGGUAGGGGCAUAUUGGCGUCCGAAGUUGUGAGAGAGGAGCGUGUGGUACGGCAGGGCGCCGUUUUGGGAGCGUUGGUUGAGCUAUUUGAGGAUUAUAUCCCAGAAUUGGGUAUUAUGGUGUCACGCGAGGCGCUGCUGCUAUUUCUUAAGAGCUUUCGCGGUGGCAGAACAAAGUACUGUUACGGGUUGUUGGCUCUGCUGUGCCAGCUGUGUAACAGCGACGUUAUGCAUGAAAUAGGCUUAUUGCAGCUAGCAGAUUUGCUGUUGGAAGUGCCCCGUGACCGGGCGGUAGGGAUGCUGUGCUUCAUGCUUGGGCAGGCUGGGGCGCAUCUGAUGAACGUGUGCAGGACAGCACACGACCAGUUGCUGGCUAGGUUGACAGAUAUGUUGCACGACGGGAAGCUGAGUCCUACGAGCAGCAAUCGCAUCCAGGAGCUUCUGCGCCUGCGCCGGAGCAAUUACAAGGGCCAAGCGACGAAAUUCUCCCUCCCAGAUCAUGGCGUAUGCACGCACCGCGUGACAUUGGAGCUUGAUAUUCCUGCGAGGUUAGAACCUGAUAGCUCGCUAGGCAAGUUCUACGUUGAUAACCAGUUUUUCGAUACUGAGGAGCGCUUCGCAGCUUUGCGCCGGCAAGCGCUGGAACGGUUCCUUGGGCAACAGCAACAGCAAGCAGAGCCGGUAAAAGAUAUGACCAACGCGGAAGAGGUGCAGUACAAGAAGCAGAUAUACCUCAUUUUGAAAGGAUCUCUCACCGGCGACGAGGCAGCGCACAAGCUGCUCAAGCUUCGCCCGGACGCAAGUCAGAAGGCCACCAUCGUGGAGAUCGUAGUCAAGGCAUGCGCGCAGGAGCAGACAUACACAAAGUUCUACGGAAUUUUGGCGGAGCGCCUCUGCGGCAGCCAUCGAAACUGGCCCACCAGCUUUACUAACCUAUUCCGGGAUUUGUACGGCACGCUGCAUGAGUUUGAGCCCAACCAGCUUCGCAACAUGGGCAAAUUUUGGGGUCACAUGCUGGCCGCAGAUCACAUAGGCUUAAACCUUUUCGAAUGUGUCCAUCUCAGUGAGCACCGCACUACGCCUUCCAGCCGGGUUUUCCUGAAGUUUAUAUUUCAAGAGUUGGUGGCUGACCUUGGCAUAGCAGAGGUCCGGAAACGCCUAGAGGACGAAAAUGCACAGCCCCUUGUGCAGGGCCUGUUCCCCAAAGAAGGAAACGCCGAUACGGUAUUUGCUAUUAACUAUUUUACCGCAAUUGGCCUGGGUGUCCUUACAGAGAGUAUGAGAACAUCCUUGCCCACGCAGGCGAAAUCUGAUUCUGGCAAUAUGUCGCCUAAUGGGCAGACCCUGUCUUAUCCGUCGAGCAGGGUCCCUCGGAGGACAAGAUCACGCUCACCUCCAAGAACUCGCGUCCGUGGCGAUUCACCACAACGUGCGCGCGUGGAACAGCGAUAUUCCCGUUACGAUCCAGGGCCCGCUCACAGGGAUCGUAGGCGCAGUAGAUUGUCUGUGACCCCACCUCCCCGGCGCAACAUCCACUGA